UCCUGAAAACAUGGUUAUCCCAAUCAUCAUUUUUUUUUUGUAACACGCUUACCUACUGAGAUGUUUUUUGUAUCUAUGGUUAGGUUAACCGUUGUGUAGUUAAUUCAGCAUGUGUAGAUUCUACUUUGUACUAUCUUACUACGUCUAGUGGAUGGACAGUCUAAAACAGCCUAAAAAAAAAUAAGAAAAAAAUAAUUCUCUGAAGAUUUCUCAAUGCUCGAUUUUCAAACUGUCUUCUGUGUGUCGAUAUAUUUAAGAAUAUUAGAAUAAUACACAAAAGUUCAUACAUAAUCAAAGUUUAAUUAAGAUUACUUGAUAACAAUACUGAAAGCACAUUUACCAUGAUUAUGGCGACUUGGAGGUUAUUUCCUAUUAAUGGUGCUAAUUUAUUAUGUACAAGGACAUUGGCUACCAUGCAAGACCCUAUUGUAUCCAAACUUAAGCGCAAUAUAGAAAAUAUUUUACCACCUAAACCAAAGAAACCAUUAAAUGUAUUUAUGCAAUAUUUUCUCUCUAUAAAAGAUCAAUUGCACAAAGAAUAUCCUAAUUAUACACAAAAAGAUAUUAUGAAAAAAGUAGCAGAACAAUGGACACAAGUAGAUCCAACAGUAAAACAAAAUUUUCAAAAGCAAUAUAUGGAACAACAGUCUGUGUAUAAACAAAAAUUAAUGGAUUAUAAAAAUUCAAUAACUGAUGAUCAGCGGAUGCUAGUACAAAAACAAUUAAUAAAAAAAGAGCAUGCUUUAGAAAGAAGCCAAAUUAAACAAAAACUUGCAGACCUUGGAAAACCAAAGCGGCCAUUAACUGCUUUCUUCUUAUUCGUACAGGAUAAUAAGAUGAUCAAGGAUUCACAAGUAUCACAAUCGGAUUGGAUGAAGAAUAUGAGUAAAGAAUGGAAGAAUUUAACAAUGGAAGCUAAAAAUAAAUAUACAGCAAAGGCAGCACAAUUAUUAGAAAAAUAUAAAACUGAUAUAAUAAAAUGGGAGGAAAAUAUGAUUCAAAAAGGUCAUCAAGAUUUGUUAAAAUCUACUCAAUCUAAUUUGUUGAAAUCUACUCAAUCUAAACGCAAUACUAAUAUUGAUGAACACAUAGAAUAGGAUUCGGAGUGCCCCAAUCAAUCUAGUAUGCACAUCCCUAAAUAUAUUGCUGCAGAUUUCUCUAAAAUCAAAACUCGAAACAAAGAGAAUAUUAAAACAGGUUGGGGCACUGAUACACAGUAUACACUUGGAAAUAUUUCUGAUGCUGACACUGAUAAACGAUGUAAAUCUACAAAAAGCUUGGUACUUUACAAUGUCCAAAAUAAUUUACGACAUGUAAUGAAAUAUUCAAAAAAUACGUCAGAUGCAUUAAUAAGCAAUGCUAAUGAAUCAAUAAUGCAAUCUUCCAAGUCACAUACAUGGAUGUAUAAAUAUUUUGCUUUUGUAUGGCAAAGAUUUUUAACAGUCUUCAAAGACUGCAGUAAAAAUUGGAAGAUGAAAUUUACAUUAACAAGUGGAUUAACUAUUACGAUGAUGACAGCAGCAGAUACAUCUAAUGGAUUAGACUAUCAACAUUUUAUAUAUCUUAUAUUUAGAUAUCGAUAAUUGUAUGAAUUAUCUUGAAGCAAGUACGAGUUAUUUUAACAGAUCAACUUAUGUAUUUUUAUCUCGCGUUCAUAUAAUUGUAUUAAAUUUACAAAUUAUAAAUACACUGUGUAUUUGUGUGCAA